AUGCCAAAGGUGGCAAAAAGUGCUAAAAGACAAAGUAUUCUUCAAGUUUACGCAUUUUGUGAAAGAGAACAGACUGAAAACAAACUGAUUGUUCCAUUGCAACAAGUUCGUGCCCGAGCCGCUAUGACUGAUGUACUUGCAUCUACUGUAACCCGAAUUUUAAAACAAGAAAGGGAGACCAGUUCAGUUACAAAUUUGGGUGGUCCGUCAAAAGUAACAACACCUGGAAAAAAAUUACCAAAUCGUGAUAAGAAGAUCAAUGAUAUCGACGCUUGUGCAAUUCGACAAAAAAUUAUGUCAUUCGACGAUGCACGAAGAGAAAUUGGGGUGUAA